GUCCGAUUGGUUGGCGGAAAAACAUUGCUGGUUGGAGAUAAAAACUUGUAAACUUGUCUGGCGGACCCUCCUCCAAUUGUCACCAUCAAAACAGAAGCAUCAUCCCGAAAUAACUGAAAAUAAUAAUAAUAUCAAGUCAAAGAAUCACAGCACAACAACAACAACAAAUCACGAAUCACACACACCACCACCACCUUUCAUCUCUUGUUAUUAUCCACUCAACAUUUCUAUGGUGCUGCUGGCAUGGCCUCAAGCUCAUGCCACUCCCUCUUCGUCGACAUGAACCGAACCGUUUCCAUUGUUCAUACAUUCACCCCCAAACCCCACCCCUUUGAGCUUCAACGGGUCAUGACCAAGUGGCGGGUACCUGAACGACGUCGUCUUAGUGUGGUUGCUGCUGCUGGUGCUGAGGUUUCUAAUCCUUUUUCUGUUAACAUUGGUUUGGAUUCUCAGACAUACCAAUCCCACAAUUUGACACAGUUACCUUGGGUGGGCCCGCUUCCGGGAGAUAUAGCCGAAGUUGAAGCAUACUGCAGAAUCUUCAGAGCUGCCGAAAGCCUGCACAAUGCAUUAAUGGACACAUUAUGCAACCCGCUUACAGGUGAAUGCAGUGUUUCUUACGCUUUCCCUUCAGAGGACAAACCAUUACUCGAAGAUAAGAUAGUAACCGUUCUCGGUUGCAUGAUCUGCCUGCUGAACAAAGGACGUGAAGAUCUGCUAUCCGGUAGAUCAUCCGUCAUGAAAUCAUUCAGUGUUUCGGAUAUAGACGUAAUGGAAGACAAGCUUCCACCACUCGCAGUUUUCAGGCGUGAAAUGAAACGGUAUUGUGAAAGUUUACACAUUGCUCUUGAAAUCUUUUUGACAGCAGACGAUUCUAGAAGCCGCGUCGUUUGGAGGAAACUUCAACGGCUGAAAAGCGUUUGUUAUGAUUCGGGUCUUCCCCGUGGCGACGAUUAUCCGCCUCAAUCGUUGUUUGCUAACUGGAAUCCUGUUUAUUUAUCUACGUCUAAAGAAGAUAUCGAACCUAGUGAUUCCGAAGUUGCGUUCUGGAGAGGUAGUCAACUGACGGAGGAAAGUUUGAACUGGUUGCUUGAAAACGGGUUUAAAACGAUCGUUGAUCUUCGAGCAGAAAGUGUUAACGAUGUAUUCUACGAAACCGCAUUGCAAGAAGCACUUUCGUCUGGUAAAAUUGAGCUGAUCAAGCUUCCGGUUGAAGUGGGGACCGCACCAUCGUCAGAGCAGGUCGAGACUUUUUCAACUUUAGUUACUGACUCAAUGAGAAAACCGAUUUAUCUUCAUAGUAAAGAAGGCGUUUGGAGAACGUCUGCAAUGGUUUCUAGAUGGAGACAGUAUAUGUCUCGAGUCAGCUCACCGAGUAACGUUAAAAAUCGCGAUCAAACGUCAGAAGAGAAGUCACAAGUUUCAUCAGACUCAAAAGCAAUGGAAAAGGAUAAUGAAGAAUCUUUAACUGCAAGUAACAAUUAUAAAAGCACCAACGGGGCUUACACGAAAACGUUGAAUAACGACGAUGAUCAAGACGGGAUUCGGGUUGAUUUCAGUGCGAAUCCUAUCGAAUCCCAGUUACCACCCUGCAACGUUUUCUCCAGAAAAGAAAUGUCCAUGUUUUUUCAAAAUAAAACGCGUUCGCCUUCAACAUAUUUCACUUUCGAACGCAAACGAUUAGAGAACCAAAUGAGAUCGAGGAAGAAACAUAACUACAACGGGUCGGUUUCUAGCAUCAACAAUUCCGAUUCAAGUCAUUCAACAAAUGGUUCUGCAAGCAAUGGCAGUUUACCGACUUAUCAUGAUCAAUCUCGUACCAGUUUGACAGAAUUCAAUGAUGCAGACAGGCACGCGACGGGUGUCACACGAACGGAUAAUCUAGACGGGUUAAGUAAUGACGAUGCAGAACCGGUUGAGGGAAAUAUGUGUGCUUCGACAACCGGUGUUGUAAGAGUCCAAUCACGAAAGAAAGCGGAGAUGUUUUUAGUGAGAACCGAUGGGUUUUCGUGCACUAGAGAAAAAGUAACGGAAUCUUCGUUGGCUUUCACGCAUCCUAGUACCCAACAGCAGAUGCUUAUGUGGAAAUCGUCACCGAAAACUGUGUUACUGUUAAAGAAACUUGGUGAAGAGUUAAUGGAACAAGCUAAAGAGGUUGCCGCUUUCUUGUAUCACCAAGAGAAUAUGAAUGUUCUUGUGGAACCCGACGUUCACGACGUUUUCGCAAGAAUACCAGGGUUCGGGUUUGUACAGACUUUCUACAGUCAAGACACUAGCGAUCUUCAUGAGAGGGUUGAUCUGAUUGCGUGUUUGGGUGGAGACGGGGUUAUUCUGCAUGCAUCAAACUUAUUUAGAGAUGCUGUUCCUCCAGUUGUAUCAUUCAAUCUUGGAUCUCUCGGUUUUCUAACAUCUCAUCACUUUGAAGACUAUAGCCAGGAUCUAAAACGGGUCAUUCACGGAAACAACACACUGGAAGGUGUGUAUAUAACUCUUAGAAUGCGUCUUCGUUGCGAGAUAUUUAGAGAGGGGAAAGCCGUGCCAGGAAAAGUUUUCGAUGUGUUGAACGAGGUUGUGGUUGAUCGAGGCUCUAACCCGUAUCUUUCCAAAAUCGAGUGCUAUGAACAGGACCGUCUUAUUACCAAGGUACAAGGUGAUGGAGUCAUAGUAGCAACACCUACAGGGAGUACAGCUUACUCUACAGCUGCAGGCGGUUCAAUGGUUCAUCCAAAUGUUCCGUGCAUGCUUUUUACGCCGAUCUGUCCACAUUCCCUCUCGUUCAGACCCGUUAUACUUCCUGAUUCUGCGCGUCUUGAAUUAAAGAUACCAGAGGAUGCGCGAAGUAACGCGUGGGUGUCAUUUGAUGGGAAGAGGAGGCAGCAGCUUUUGAGAGGCGACUCGGUGCGUAUAAGCAUGAGCCAGCAUCCGCUUCCGACGGUCAACAAGUUUGACCAAACGGGCGAUUGGUUUCGCAGUUUGAUUCGAUGCUUGAAUUGGAACGAAAGACUAGAUCAGAAGGCUCUUUGAUUAAAUUUUUAUACCAAAUUUUAUUGUAAAUCUAGUGUACAUAUCAUACAGGUCAGUGAAUACAAAUAUAGAUGGAGCCUAGAUGGCUAGAACUUACACUGUACAAGAUGUAAGUAAUUAUAAAUGUAUAACCAUUGCUAUUGGAAAAUAGUUUUACCA